AUGAACCGCUCACGAUAUGUACCGCAGCAGUCUGCAUAUACCGCUGCUCAGUUCCAGCCUUUUGGUCCCGGACCUGUACCAACCCCAGCCCAGAUGCCAGGCAUGAUCCCGAUGGGAUACCCACAGCAACAGAUGUUCGGUGGCAGCCCGAACCCAAAUGCCAUGGGCGCUUCGCCAAUACUCCAGCAACAGCAAGCCAUGUCUCCAAACGCUCUGUGGGCGGCCAACUUCGCCAAUGGGCCAAUUAUUGAGGAUCUUUGUGCGCCUCCACAGAUGGGACUGCCAACCUCGCCACCCAUGAACGCCCUUCCACCUCGGGGCAUGCCAAUGGGCGCAGCAAUUCACCCGUCAUCCAUGCCGCAGGUACAGAAUGUGUUUGGCCUCCGUCAACCAGGAACACCACAUCCAGGACACGGUUUUGCGCCGAUGAUGCCGGGAGUGCCAGCUCGCAUGGUUGGAUCGUACCCUCCAGGUUAUGCUGCCCAGCCACAAGGAAUUGCAUGGUCGCAUCCCCACCAGCUUCAGUUCCAACAGCAGCUUCAGCAGCAGGCGGCUCAGCAACAUGCUCAGCAGCAACAACAACAACAACAGCAGCAGCAGCAACAAGGUCAGUUUCUGGAUCCAACGAUGAUGCUUGGGAGGCCAAGAAUGGAGCCUGGGUUUGCUACGGGAGGGAAUGGUACCGAGCAGAUGGGGUCGCCGUCGAUGGGGAAUUCGCCAGGUGCGCAGCCGUUGACGCCGGUGGAGAGUACGUUACAGGGUUUCAUGUCGCCUGAUUCGAUCUAG